AUUUUCGGCCAAGUCACAUCAAGAGGAGAAGAAACCCCCUGCAAAAUACAUCCUACAUAUCAAAGAACAAAGCUCAAGCAAUAGGAGUCCAAGGAGGAAGAUAAUAGAAGGAAAAAGCUAGGAAAAAGUGUGAAAACUAAGGCACUUGUAAGGGGUAUUUCAAGUGAUUUCACAAAGUUGGAAGAGUCGCCGGAGUUGUCGCCGGAGUUGACCAAAAGUCGCCGGAGUUUCACCGGAGUUCAACCAAGAAGGGUAGAAAUUCAUAACGCUAGUUCAAGUGAUGAAGAAACUUUUUUCCAAGUUGAUGGAUUGACCUGAGACUUGUUGGAAGUCUUGAAGAAAGAUGGAGAGGGAGUUGAGGCUGCUUGUGCUUCCACUCAGGAAAAUUAAGAGGUCGUCAGCAUAGCUCAGAAUGUUUGACAAAGUGGACCUAAUUAUUCACCAUGGCGGCAACUUCGUUAGUUUGCCUGAAACUAUGUACGUAGGGGGAGAAGUGGACUGUAUCCCAAUUGAUCCGGACCUGAUUUGUUAUCCUCAUUUAAUGAAAGCCUUACAGUCUGGGAACUAUGGUAAUAUUAAAGGACUGUUUUAUAAAAAACCUAGUGAUGCUAUGGAUGACCUGCUUCCCUUGUUCAAUGAUGCAUCCACACUUCAGCUGAUACAUAUGGCUAGUACUUGUGGGCAGUGUGAGAUAUAUGUAGAGCAUGGUUUGGAUGAGUGUGAACUCAUUCUGCCUUUACCUGGACCAAAUAAUGAAGGGCUUAUUGAAGAAGUUGAAGUACAACAAGCAGGUUUGACACCAGAAGAAGAAUUACAGACCAAUGUUGAACAAACUGAGGUACAAAUGCAUACUGAUAAGGCUUAUGAACUGCAUCCUGAGGCUGAAGAUUGCACAUCAGAGGAAGAAAGGCAGGCCACUAUGGAAGAAAUAUAUGAAGAUGGGUUGUCAUCUGAGGAAGAUAUAGAAGUGGAGGAGAGGCACAAUGAUGUGCAAGCUGGGUCACACUCAAGGGAUAAGGGCAUUGACGGAGAUGAACCAGAAGAAGAUGAACCAGAAAUUGAAGAGGCUGAAGCAGACAAUGAAGAAAAUGAACCACAAAUUGAAGAAAAUAGAGAAAACAGUCAAUUAAGUCCACCUACUCUGGGCGGAAAGUCAAUUGAGUCCAUGUACAAUUUUUUCGGUCAAUUGGGUUCACAUAUUUCAAAAUAACGGUCAAAAACGUUUUUUAGGCAGUCGCCAGCCGGUUAGCCAGUUACCGGGUGACGUGGCUUCUAACGUGGCAUACUUAACCGGGAAAAAUCAAUUUUUAAAAAAAAAAAAUUCAAAACCUCUGUCCUCGUCAUCACGACUCUCCUCAUCUGCGAUUUAUCUGAUAAAGAACCCUAGGCCAUUUAUUUCUUAACUUCUCUUCCUCCCAGUUGUGCAGUGAGAUCAGUGAGCUCGAACGGAAAUGGCAACUUCAUCCUCAUCGACUUCCACUGCGAGAAGAGGACGGAACUUCACCCUUGAUUACGACCCGGCAGUGUUUUGCUUCUGUGGAUUGAAAGCUCCCCUUUGUGUAUCGCGACAGAGUGGGAGUAAGUUCUAUGGGUGUCAAAAAUGGAAGGUUCAUGGGUGCGGAUUUUUUUCCUGGGCGGACUCAAUGGACACGAGGGGGGUUCCUAACGUUGCAGGGAUGAAUGAAAACACUGAAGAUUUGAAAGUCAUGGUAUCUAGAGUUGGUGAACAAUUAACUGCUAUGCAAGGCCAGCUCAAUGGUGUGCGAAGGGUAGUUCAAGCUGCAGAGAAGGAUUCCAAGAUGUAUAGGAAGUUGUUUGGAUUUGGUUUGGUUGUUGUAAUUGGUUUACUGGGAAUGUUGUAUUGUAAGCUGAGUAGUAUGUAGUGAAAAGGGUAGGUGGCUUGUGUAGUACAUGUUAGUACUCGAUGUGUAAUCAAUGGUUAAGUAGGUGUGUUGUUUAUGAA